AUGAUACCAAAAUAUGCCCAGCAUCCUCUUUCCUUGUAUUUUGCCAUUGAUGAGGUCAACAAGAAUGCCAAGCUGUUCCCCAACAUCACAAUAACACUGCAGAUUUAUCGAAACAGUUUCAAUGCCUGGAAGGCCAGUCAGCAUGUUUUAAAUUUUCUGUUUCUCAGACAAGGGAGUCCUAUCAACUUCAACUGUGUCAGAAGAAGGAAUCUGAAGUUCUUGCCUAUCAUUGGUGACCUCACCUCGCUCAAUUCCAUCCAGAUGGCGUACAUGUUGAACAUCUACAAGUUUCCACAGCUGAAUUAUGGCUCCUUUGACCCAGUCCUGAGUGACAAAGGGCAAUUCCCUUCCUUCUUCAGCAUGGUUCCCAAUGAAAAUUUGCAAUACGAAGGGAUUGUUCACUUACUAAAACAUUUUGGAUGGAACUGGAUUGGCCUCUUGGUCUCAGAGGAUGAGAGGGGGAAACUUCACUAUUUUCUGAAAAACACCCGUUUUAAUAACAGUAUGGGAGAAGAAUUUUUUUUUGAUGAGAAAGGGGAGUUUGACCCGGGAUACGACAUCUUCAACUUUGUCUCCUUCCACAAUAAAUCGUUCCAGAGAGUCCGGAUUGGAAAGAUGGUCUCCAAAUCUCUUGAUGGGAAGAAAUUCACCAUUAAUGAAAGUGCCAUUGUAUGGAAUCACAAGUUUCAGCAGGUACCUCCCCAUGCCAGAUGUGUAGAGAGCUGCCAUCAGGGAUACAGCAGAGUUGUUCAAGAGGGAAAACAUAUUUGUUGCUACAAUUGUAGACAAUGUUCUGAAGGAAGAAUUUCAGUUGAAACAGAUGCUAACCAAUGUGAGAGAUGCCCAGCGGAUCAGUAUUCGAAUGCAGAAAAGAUCCAGUGCCUUCCCAAACGUUUCAGCUAUUUAUCCUAUGGUGAACCCUUGGGAAUCGUUUUGAUUUCCUUGAUCCUUUUCUUUUCAUUAGUUGUCAUUUUGGUGGCACUGGCCUUCAUUCUGCACUGGGACACCCCCAUUGUCAAAGCCAACAACAGGAACAUCACAUGCAUCCUUCUUUCCUCUCUCCUGCCUUGUUUUCUGUGCUCUCUGCUCUUCAUAGGUCGGCCUGGGAAGGUGACUUGCUUUCUCAGGCAAAUUAUGUUUGGCACCAUUUUCUCUCUCUCGGUUUCUUGUGUCUUGGCCAAGACCAUCACGGUUGUUUUGGCCUUCCUGGCCACUAAGCCAGGAAACCAGAUGAGGAAAUGGCUAGGAAAUAGACUGGCAGGAUCCAUCAUUGUCUUCUGCUCAUGUAUUCAAGCUGUUAUCUGCAUGAUAUGGUUGAUCAUGUCUCCUCCCUUCCCUGAGUGGGACAUGCAUUCACAGAUUGAAGAGAUCAUUGUUCAAUGUAAUGAAGGCUCAGAUGCCAUGUUUUACAUCGUCCUGGGCUACUUGGGGCUCCUGGCCACCAUCAGUUUCACUGUGGCUUUCUUUGCCAGAAAACUGCCUGAUACUUUUAAUGAAGCCAAGCUGAUCACCUUCAGCAUGCUUGUGUUCUGUAGCAUUUGGGUGUCCUUCAUCCCAGCCUAUCUGAGCACCAAGGGGAAAUACAUGGUGGCUGUGGAGAUCUUCUCCAUCUUGGGCUCUACUGCAGGUCUCCUGGGUUGCAUCUUCCUGCCCAAAUGCUACAUCAUUCUCCUGAACCCACAUCUGAACACCAAACAGCAUCUAACCAGGAGGACAGAUUAACAAUGAAUAAUUCUGUAAUUCAGCCUUUACCUGGUUACCAAAAACAUUCAUGGGAAAAGUCCAAAUAUUCAAGCUCGCAAACUUCAUCAUG